GAAAAGUUUUGACAUGUAAACACACGUGAGUCCUGAUUUUUAAGACAAAAUGGAUAAUGACUUCUUAGACAGCUUUGAUGAUGGACAAGACAAAGACUCUGUUGGCAGUGACAAUGAUGAUGAAUAUGCCCAAGAACAGAUGGAAAUAGCCUUGUAUUCACAGAUCCACUUUGAACAGAAUGAUGAAUGCCAUCAAAGUAUGGAUAGUGGUAUCUAUGAGGUCAGUAGUGAAUUCUGUUACGAUGUUAUCAGUGAUGGUAAAACAGGUUUUAUUGCACAGGAUACUACAGCUGAUUUGAUCCUUAAUAAAUCCAUCGAGGAUAAGUAUGGAAUCUUGUUGGCAUAUACUAACGUUGUUGGUGACAACUUAAAGAAAAGUGUUUGUUUAAACGACACUAAUUCCAGCAGAGAAGAAUAUAAUGCAUUCCAGGCAAACAUUUCAGUCAAAAAACCUAACACUGUAAAGGUGAACACAGCUAGAAAAAAGCCUGAAUCUUCUAAGAUUAAUACAACAGCGGAUAAGCUGAUAUUUGGUACAGAAUUUGGGACAGAUGUAAGUGAAAGCUUAGAUGGUGAUAUUGGCGCUUUGAACAUGGAGAGUUCAGACCAGGAAGACAGUGACGGUGACAGUGUUUAUGGUGUACUGGGGAAUCUGGAGUCAGAUGAUGACAAAAUACAGAUGAACAUAAAUCAGUCUACAAAACUGACCCGAUUUGCAACCGAGUUCCCAGUAGAAGCGAAGUGGACCAUCAACAGAGCUGACAGUGGGCUGGAAGGCCGUGCAGUAAAGGGCCGCUAUUUUAAGGGUGGAAUUCGCUGCUACAACUGUAACACUGUUGGACAUCUCUCAAAAAACUGCCCUCAGCCUAAGAAGGAGAGUGUUUGUUUUCUGUGUUCAGAGGCAGGCCACCAUAAUAUUAAUUGUGAGGAGCCUGGGCAUGAUGCGCGCAAAUGCCCAACCCCACGUCGCAGUCUCAAUAAUGUCUGCUUCCGUUGUAACAUGUAUGGACAUGAGCAAAUUAAAUGUCCAGAUAUUUGGAGGCAAUAUCAUUUAACGACUACUCCCGGAAAGUUACGCCAACAAAAGAUACUGGGAGGUCGAGAUCGUAGUGUGUCAUGUUAUAAUUGCGGAGAUCAUGGACAUUAUGGACAUGAUUGUGAGGAGGAGCGUAUGAAUUGGUUUCUGCGAAUCCACACACCAUUCAUCUGCCGCUAUCAGCUAGAGAGGGUAUUUAGGGAGGAUGAGACAAAGAGUCUUUGGGAAUACACAGCAGAGUCUAGAUGUAAACGCCAACAAGAGGGUCAUGAUGAGUACAACAGAGGCUUGGGAGGCCCACAGAACAAACGCAUCAAAUUUGACUCUGAUGAUGACGAUUACGAUUAUGGAAAUACACUCUCCAUUGAAGACAAGUUGGAAAACACUGAUCUUAGAUCUGUCAUUAAUGAACUGCAGCACUUCCGCAAUCUUCCUGGAUCACAAACCAACAUUUCCGAGAAGUCAAAUAAGAAAAGACCCAUGUCAAGUGAGACAUGCAAAAGUGAGAAGAACAUCAGAACUAAAAAGAAAAAUGACAUCAGGGAAAAAAGUAACAUAAAACCUGUGAAAGAAAUUGGUGCAAAACCUCAUGAAAAAGGUAACUUUCUGACCCCCAAAGCACCUUCAGAGAGCAAGGACAAGAAGGUGUCAAAGUUUGUGCCAUUUGACAAGAACAGAACUGAUUCACUUACUGGUAGAAAUAAUUUUGACAACCUGCAGUUUAAGGUGCAGAAAGAAAAUUCUGAUAAAAAGAAAAAAGAAAAGAAAGUUAAGAAGAGUAAGCUUAAAAAGGAAAGUGUAAUUGUAGCUGUGGAGGUGAAUUCUGGUAAUGAUGGUGAAAAAGAACAUGGUAAAAGUAGUGUGCAAGUACAUACACUGAAGAAGAAAAAGAAGAAGAGUAAAAAAAGUGAUAAAUCUAAACAUGAUGAAAUAAUUCAAGAUUCAUUGAAGUCCAGCUCUUUAGAUUUUUCAAUUACUUUUUCUCAAAAUCAAAGUUCUACAAGAGACAAAAGUGAGAGGAAGGUUAGGAAAAAGAGUUCUGCUCAUAAUGAUCUAGAAGACUUGUUUUCUAUACAGAAGCUGCAGAAGGUUCAGUCAAAGCUGAAUGAAGGGGAAGAUGUGAGCGAGAUACAGGAUGACAACGACAUGGAUCAUCAGGCUUAUAAUAAUGAGUGGUGGGACACCCCUGGCGGCAAGAAGCGCAAAAAGCGAAAAAAAGGGAAAAAUAAGAAUUAGCGUUUAGAUCAGUAAUUGAUUCAUUAAAAUGAUCUAUAAUCCUGUUGUUCACUUUGUAUUGUUAAUGAUGAGCAAUUGUGUCCAUAUAUACUUGGGACAUUUAGAAACGCAAUCAUUUUUUAUGUGGAAAAUUUCUUUAGUAGGAUUAUUAAUUGAUGGUGUAACAAAAUUUCAUUAAGAACAACUGACGUUAUUGUGAAAAUAAAACACCAUCAUCAGUCAUCACAAUACAUUCAAUUUAAAUUUUAAAAUCAAUAACGCGUAUAUCCAUUAGCCCUCUUAUUUGAUUCUAUGCUUAACACUGUGAUGUGUUGCUCCAGCAUGCUGAAAUACUUCAUCGCCUGGUGUAAAUAUGUGAUGCAUGAAUAGUAUUGCAAGUGGUUCCAAAACCUCAUUUAUGUACACUUGAGUGUUUACAUUUUGGUUAAAAACCACUAGCUGUGCCUAGUUAUCCCACCCCAGACAUGUACAGAGCUGCCGUCCCAGGGAUUCAGCUGAAAAAAAGCAUGCGUCAGCCUGCUGUUUACCACAUCACCUCUAAACGCGCUUGCAUUUCAGUGCCUCCAUGUAAAUAUAAUGUGUCCAUCAAUGCCAUACACAACGUUUUUGUCUUGUCUGUGCCACACAGAAAAGUAGAACAACUCUGACCAGCGGCACAAAGUCUAGCCCUUACCGUGUUUCGGUGUAUCUGACGUCUAUAAAUGAGAUAUGACUAUCAGGUUUAGUUUAACAAUAUUAUUGUCAGGUAUAAAAUGAAAAAAUGUACAGAGCAGUACUUACCUAAGGCGUCCUUUUGUCUGCUGUGACUAUUCUGUUGCCGUCAGGAAGCAAUUACGUAGGCUUAGACAGGAAUAUGUUGGAACUGUGGGCUGGUAGUUUCAUUUGAUUAACAUGGGCGUGGGCGGAUUUUGACUCUUCCUUUCGCGUGAUUUUUACAAUAAAGCAGUCAAAUGUA